AUGCCGAUGGAGAACAACGACGCAGCGUUUUGGUUCAGGUGUCGGCGGCUCGCUGCGAGCGGCAGUCGCUCACCGGGCUCACACGGCUUCUCCUCGCAGUGCAGCGGCCGGCCGGAGCGGGGCGCUGUGGAGCGGAGAGGAGCGGUGAGUUCAACUCAUCCCGAGUGUUCGAUUGUUCUUCAUCUCCAAGAGAAAGAAGAUGAGUGUAAACUACAGAUGAGGACAGACGCUGCAGCUUCGCUCCAAUCAGCCAGUAACACCACUGCAGGUUGUAUGACAGAGUGGGACGGAGUCAGCUGUUGGCCGGCUGCCUCUGAGGGACAGAUGGUCUCUGUCCACUGUCCUCUGCUGUUACUGAAGCCUGAAACUCCUCCAGUUCUCAUCACCAGAAGCUGCACAGUGAGCGGAUGGAGCGAGCCGAGCGUGCCGUACUACAAGGCCUGUUACUAUGAAGCUUCAGAGGAAGAUGAAGACGUGGGCAAAGAGAAACAUUACUUUGAUACGGUGAGGCUGAUCUACAGCGUUGGAUACGGAGCGUCUCUGGCUGCUCUGCUCGUCGCUGUCCUGCUUUUCUGCUGCUUCAGGAAGCUGCUCUGCACACGCAACUACAUCCACCUCAACCUGUUUGUCACCUUCAUGCUCAGAAGUCUGGCUGUGUUCAUCAAAGACGUCGUGUUGUUUGCAGACAGAAGCACGGACCACUGCACGGUGUCCACGCUCUGGUGCAAAGCAGCUGUGACCUUCUUCCACUUCUGUGUUGUGUCUAACUUCUGGUGGCUGCUGGUGGAGGCUCUGUACCUGCAGACUCUGCUGCUCUGCACCUUCACUCACACCACCAAGCUCUUCUGGAUCUACGCCACCGUCGGCUGGGGUGCUCCGUCAGUGACUGUUGUGAUCUGGGCCCUGCUGAAAUCACAGCUGGAUGAUGAGGGGUGUUGGGACGACCUGGAGAGCCGCUUGUGGUGGAUAAUCAAGACUCCCAUCCUGCUCUCCAUCUUUAUCAACCUCGUGAUCUUCCUGAACAUCAGCAGGAUCAUCGUUCAGAAGACAAAAGCCACACAUGUGAACCAGAGUGAGACACACCUGUACAGAACACUGCUGCGCUCCACUCUGCUCCUCAUCCCUCUGUUCGGUGUUCACUACGUGGUGUUUGCACUGAUCCCAGAACACGUUGGCGUCGGGCCGCGACUCUACUUUGAAUUAGUUUUAGGCUCCUUCCAGGGUUUUAUUGUCGCUCUGCUGUACUGCUUUCUAAACGGAGAGGUCCACAAAGAGAUCCAGAGGACGAUGAGACGGUGCUGGCCUGAAAGAAAAACUAACACCAUCAAUCUUCCAACUCAAGAAUUCGUCCCCUGA